UGUGUAAAAGAAGGUCAAGGCUCCGACUCUGCUGGCAGACCGGGGCUGACGUAAAGGGAACACGAAGGACAUCCUAAAGACACAAAUAAUAGGCUAAUAUAUUCAAAAUAUUAAAACAAUACAUUGAAAAAUACCUUUAGACAAAUCAAUUGUAUAGUAAUUUUAAGGAAAAAAAAAACACCACGACUUGUAGACCACAAUCGGAAAAAUAUUUUCUGCCUAAAGGUAUAUGUGAGUAAGUGCAGGCUCCAUUCCAUCCCACAACACCCCACAUCGUCCAGCCAUGUUCACCCACUCUGCACUCCUCCUGACACUGUGUGUGGUCCACCUGCUUGCCCCCUUUUCUGCCUUGCCUUUCGAGCAGAAGGGAUUCUGGGACUUUCAGAUGGAUGGUGACAUUGGGGAGCUGAUGAAGAUGAUGCAAGAUGAAGAGGAGGGGUCAGCUGUGGAGGAUAUCCCCCCUACUGAGCCUGUCUGCCCUUUCAGCUGCCAUUGUCACUUACGUGUGGUGCAGUGCUCUGACUUGGGUCUCACAGCUGUUCCUUAUGACCUCCCCACUGACACUAGACUGCUGGACCUACAGAACAACUACAUUACAGAGCUGAGAGAGAAUGACUUCAAGGGCCUCAGCAAUCUCUACGCUCUGGUAUUGAACAAUAAUCAGAUCUCCAGGGUCCAUCCCCGUGCCUUCAUGCCCCUGCAGCGCAUGCAGAAACUCUACUUCUCCCACAACUAUCUGACAGCCAUUCCCAAAAACCUCCCCUUGUCCCUGGUGGAGCUGCGUAUCCAUGACAAUCGCAUCAGGAAGGUCGCUGAGGGUGCCUUUGCCGGUCUGGGCAACAUGAACUGCAUCGAAAUGGGAAGGAACCCCCUUCAGAACAGUGCUUUUGAACCUGGAGCUUUUCGAGGACUCACACUCAGCUACCUUCGCAUCUCUGAAGCCAGACUCACUGGGGUGCCCACAGACCUCCCUGACAGUUUACGUGAGCUUCAUUUGGACCACAACCAAAUUCAGGCUAUAGAGAUGAUGGACCUGAGCCGCUACAGAAAUCUGUACAGACUGGGCCUGGGCUUUAACCAUAUUCGUAUGAUUGAGGAUGGCAGUCUGUAUUAUCUACCUGAUCUGAGAGAACUGCACUUGGAGAACAACCAGCUCAACAGUAUCCCUUCAGGACUGUCUAACAUGAAAUAUCUGCAGGUGGUGUACCUCCACAGCAACAACAUCACCCAUGUUGGUGUCAAUGAUUUCUGCCCUGUGGGCUUUGAGAUGAAGAGAACUUACUACAGCGCCAUCAGUCUCUUUUCAAACCCCAUUAACCUCUGGGAGGUGCAGCCCAAUACAUUCCGCUGUGUAACCGAUAGGCUGGCUGUUCAAUUUGGAAACUAUAGGAAGUAGAGCAGGUGGAGGGAGGGCAGGAAACAGUGCAGAAAGAGAAAUGAAAUUGCCCUAAUACAACAUUUAAAAGCAAGCCUGUAGUCUUGGAAAAAGAAAGUGUAUGUGACAAAGAAGAGCAAGAAGAGUAUAUGGCAGAGCUGAUGUCUUGUGAUUUUAUCUUUUUCUGUGAAAUGCACACACAAUAGGAUGGAGGGAAACAAUUUUUAUCAUCACCAUUACCUUCAGAACAUUCAGGAACUUACUUGUGAUUUUCUUUUUUAUAGUCUUAAGUUACAAAGCAGCCAGUCCCCUUGAAAAAGCAUAAUUGUGAUUUUCUCCAAGUUCAG